AUGCUCAGUGGUGAGGAUUCUCUCGAUGGCCUUAUGAAACACAGAUGUCCCUUGACCCCUUCGCUGUCUCCACGGAAACGGACCACCAGCCAAAGCAAAACAGAGCCUCCACUUCUGAGGACGAAUAAAAGGACAAUCUACACUGCAGGGCGUCCACCCUGGUACAAUGUUACUGGGACUACCUUUAAAGAAGCCUUUGUCAUAGGUCUGUGUGGAGGAAGUGCCUCUGGGAAAACCACCGUGGCCAAUAAGAUCAUAGAGGCUCUUGAUGUUCCUUGGGUUGUUCUGCUCUCUAUGGACUCUUUCUACAAGGUUUUCAGUAAAGAGGAGCAGGAGUUGGCAGCUAGAAACGAGUACAACUUUGAUCAUCCUGAUGCCUUCGAUUUUGAACUGCUAGUAACUGUGUUGAGAAAACUGAAAAAGGGCAAAAGCAUCAAAGUGCCAGUAUACGACUUUACCAGUCACAGUCGUCGCAAGGAGUGGAAAACCGUCUAUGGGGCCAACGUUGUGAUAUUUGAGGGAAUCUUGGCUUUUGCCAACAAGGAGCUUUUAAAGCUCCUAGACAUGAAGGUAUUUGUAGACACAGACUCCGACAUCCGGCUAGUCAGGCGACUAAAAAGGGACAUCACGGAUAGAGGGCGUGACAUUGCAGGCGUCAUUAAACAGUACAACAAAUUUGUCAAGCCAGCGUUUGAGCAGUACAUCGAACCCACUGUGCAGGUUGCAGAUAUUGUGGUCCCAAGAGGUGGAGAAAACUUUGUAGCCUUGGAUCUGAUUGUUCAGCAUGUUCACAGUCAGCUGGAAAAGAGGAAACUCCGCUGGGAUAUAUCAGCCCUGGCAUCUGCCCAUCAGGGUCAACCUCUACCCAAGACCCUGAGUGUCAUGGAGAGCACCCCACAGGUCAGAGGAAUGCACACUAUUAUCAGGAAUAAAGAAACCAGUCGGGAUGAAUUUAUUUUCUAUUCAAAGAGAUUAAUGAGGCUUCUAAUAGAGCACGCCCUGUCCUUCCUGCCUCUGAAGCCGGUGUCUGUUGAAACUCCUCAAGGAACUGUAUAUGAAGGGAAGAGGCUGAGCGGGAAAAGGAUCACUGGUGUGUCCAUUUUACGGGCAGGAGAGACCAUGGAACAGGCCUUGAUGGCUGUUUGUAAGGACAUUCGACUCGGAAAGAUCCUCAUUCAGACCAAUCAUGACACAGGAGAGCCUGAGCUCCAUUACCUUCGUCUUCCCAAGGACAUCAGUGAGGAUUAUGUUAUCCUGAUGGACAGCACUGUGUCAACAGGAGCGGCAGCUCUCAUGGCUGUCAGAGUCUUACUUGAUCAUGAUGUCCAGGAGGAUAAGAUCUUCCUGCUCUCUCUCCUCAUGGCGGAAAUGGGCGUUCACUCAGUGGCCUACGCCUUUCCCAAAGUGCGCAUCAUCACCACUGCCGUGGACAAGAAGGUCAACGAUGAGUUUCACAUCAUUCCAGGGAUUGGUAAUUUUGGGGACCGUUACUUUGGGACUGAUGCUCCUUCAGACUGGUAUGAAAGUGAUGAGGGGAUGGACUACUGAAUUUCAUCAAGACUUGUAUGUGAGCAACUGUAUCUGCAUGCGUCAGCGAAGGGAACUUUUAAGCACUUAAUCUCAUAGGAUUGUGGACCCAUUGCCCUGCCCUAUAUAAGCAUAAGCCUUAGCCGCCUCUUGCUGUCGAUUCUUGCAAUACUGCGUCCUACAUGUGAGCCCAUGCUCAAUACAGGUCAAAGCAUUAAUGGACCCCCAAACAUGAGAGAUUACUGCUCAUUAGCUUUCCUUGCAGUGCCCACAUGACCAUCACAAUUUAAGAGUUUUUCAUUAAUACUUGAACAAAGAAUGAUAAGAGUGGAAUAAUAAGGGCACACCACAGUUUCUUCAUGGGGGUGUUUGAAAUGGCAUACUACCAAACUAC